CAAAAUCUAACGGUUGAGGAAGUGCCAGGUGUGUGCAGCGUGUCCGUACAGACAUCGCAGAACCCUCUUGGUCGAAGAAAGCAAGCCUAUACGCCGGUAAGAAGGAUCGCUCCACUCCACUCCACUGCCACUCUCCUUACCCGCCGUCGCCGUCUCUCACAAACCCUACCCAGCUCCAGGAUCCCUUUCACAAAUUAAUCCACCAUGGCUUCCAGGAGGCUCAUAGCCUCAUUGCUCCGGUCAUCCGCCGGGCGUCGCCCUAGAUCCCCAUUUCCCGUCGCUCCGAAGCCCAGCCAUCGCGCUUCACCCGCAGGGCAUUUCAUCCACCGCUUCGUCGCUCAUUACGCAACAUCCGCGGCGGCGGCUUCUUCGCCCCCGCCGAAAAGCCCCUCGAAGGGCGCCGGUGGGAAAAUUACUGAUGAAUUUACCGGCAAGGGCGCGAUCGGGAAGGUGUGCCAAGUUAUUGGCGCCGUCGUCGAUGUGCGAUUCAACGAGGGUUUGCCUCCGAUCUUGACGGCGUUGGAGGUAUUGGAUAAUCAAAUCAGGCUUGUUUUGGAGGUUGCUCAGCACUUGGGGGAGAAUGUCGUGAGGUGUAUUGCUAUGGAUGGGACUGAAGGCUUAGUUAGGGGUCAGCCAGUUCUAAACACGGGCUCGCCUAUUACUGUGCCUGUUGGUAGGGCCACUCUUGGACGGAUUAUUAAUGUUAUCGGAGAACCUAUUGAUGAAAAAGGCGAUAUUAAAACGGAACACUUUUUACCAAUUCAUCGUGAAGCUCCAGCCUUUGUUGAGCAAGCAACAGAGCAACAAAUUCUAGUCACUGGUAUCAAGGUUGUCGAUCUUCUUGCACCGUACCAAAGAGGAGGAAAGAUUGGGCUCUUUGGUGGUGCUGGAGUGGGGAAAACUGUGCUUAUCAUGGAACUAAUUAACAACGUUGCAAAAGCUCAUGGUGGUUUCUCAGUCUUUGCUGGGGUUGGAGAACGUACCCGCGAAGGUAAUGACUUGUACAGGGAAAUGAUUGAAAGUGGUGUCAUUAAGCUAGGCGAUAAGCAGGCUGAAAGCAAGUGUGCUCUAGUUUACGGUCAAAUGAAUGAGCCCCCUGGUGCUCGUGCUCGUGUUGGGCUUACCGGAUUGACAGUGGCCGAACACUUCCGUGAUGCAGAAGGGCAAGAUGUCCUCCUCUUCAUAGACAACAUUUUCCGAUUUACACAAGCUAACUCGGAAGUGUCUGCUCUGCUCGGACGUAUCCCUUCUGCUGUCGGUUAUCAACCAACUUUGGCUACAGAUCUCGGAGGUCUCCAAGAACGCAUCACUACCACUAGGAAAGGUUCCAUCACAUCCGUCCAGGCUAUUUACGUCCCGGCUGAUGACUUGACGGAUCCUGCUCCUGCAACAACCUUUGCCCACUUGGAUGCCACCACCGUGUUGUCUCGCCAGAUUUCUGAGCUCGGUAUUUAUCCUGCUGUUGAUCCCCUCGACUCAACAUCCCGCAUGCUCUCCCCUCAUAUACUGGGAGAGGAACACUACAACACUGCCCGUGGGGUGCAGAAAGUUCUUCAGAACUACAAGAAUCUUCAAGAUAUCAUUGCAAUUCUAGGAAUGGAUGAGCUCAGUGAAGACGAUAAACUGACAGUCGCACGUGCGCGCAAAAUUCAACGCUUUUUAAGCCAGCCUUUCCAUGUCGCUGAAGUCUUCACCGGCGCCCCUGGGAAGUACGUCGAGCUGAAGGAGAGCAUCAACAGCUUCCAGGGAGUCCUCGAUGGAAAAUACGACGAUCUCCCGGAACAGUCAUUUUACAUGGUUGGGGGGAUUGAUGAGGUGAUAGCCAAAGCAGAGAAGAUUGCUAAGGAAUCUGCUGCCUAAAUUGAACUCGAAAGAUCCUUCUUUUUUUUUUUUUACUUUGUUAAAAUAAUUUAAGCUCAUGGGAAUUGCAAAUCUGGAGAUUUUUUCUCUGCUGGUAGUGAAAUUCCAAAUUUGCUUUUUCCUGUUUUUUGUACGUAAAACAGUUGAGUGUUGCUUAUGGAAUGGGCUUGAACACUUCUUGGUUCAAUAUAAUUUAUCCAUAGAUUAUA